GCUCGUGUCCUGGUUCCGGGACGCAGGCGCAGUGCGGCGAUUCCGAGUAGCUUGUCGGGAUGUGGUGGAGUGGUGCCGUUUUGUCGGCGUGGCUGUGCAUUCAGCUCGGCCUCUCGCGUGGAAUCUACUUCCACAUCGGGGAGACUGAGAAAAAAUGCUUCAUAGAAGAGAUCCCUGAUGAGACUAUGGUGAUCGGUAAUUACCGGACUCAGCUGUGGGAUAAGCAGUCAGAAUCUUUUCUGCCCUCGACCCCAGGAUUGGGCAUGCAUGUGGAAGUGCGCGAUCCGGACUUCAAGGUUAUCCUCUCCAGACAGUAUGGCUCAGAGGGACGAUUUACCUUCACGUCACACACUCCGGGUGAGCAUCAGAUCUGCCUGCACUCCAACUCCACAAAGAUGUCACUGUUUGCAGGUGGCAAACUGCGAGUGCACCUUGACAUCCAAGUGGGGGAACAUGCCAACAACUACCCAGAAAUUGCUGCAAAGGAUAAAUUGACUGAACUGCAGCUGCGAGUGAGGCAGCUGCUGGACCAGGUUGAACAAAUUCAAAAAGAACAGAACUACCAGAGGUAUAGGGAAGAGCGAUUUCGGCAGACAAGCGAAAGCACGAACCAACGUGUCCUGUGGUGGUCGAUCGCACAGACAAUUAUCCUAAUCCUAACUGGAAUCUGGCAAAUGAAGCAUCUGAAGAGCUUCUUUGAGGCUAAGAAACUGGUGUAGAUGUCUGUCACCUGCCAUCAUUGCAAGAACACAGCAAUGAAAAGUCAACCCUCCAUCCUCACUGACUCGCUACUUAAUGUGACUUUGUACAUGUGAUACUUGAAGCUCUUCUAGAAAUUGAAGGGGACAAUGUUUGGUUACAUAUCUUAUAAUAAUGGUUGUGUGAGUGAGACUGUCAUGGAACAGUUAGUGCAGGGAUCCCUGUUAUAUCUGCAAAAAAAUGUUGCUUCAUCGUUAACCUGUGAUUGUUGACCGAAGGUGGGAGCUUCUUUCUAAAGAGAUUUUUAUUCCCAGAUAAUCAUGUAUUUCAGAUCCAUGAAAAGUCAUAACAAGUCUGUCUGUAGGACUUGACGAUCUCAAAGAGUUCUUUGGGUUUUAUUUUGCCAAAUUUUCACAAAAUACCAUCGAUUGGGGGGGGGUUAAAAUGCAGCAUCACUGGCAUGUUUCACAUUUCUGAGUUGUUCAGAUUUUUGACCAGAUCAUCUUCCUUCCUUCAUUUGCCCAUUAGUCAGAACCCAGAGAAUAGUACUCCCUCCAGCUCUUAAAUUUUAUUUCUGAAGAUUCUGGCUAAAUUCUCAUAAUUUCCUGAAAACCAACCAAACUGUAGGAGCAAACAUGACGACAUCUUCUCGUUUUAAAUAAAUUGAUGAACAAGUAUUGAAGGAAAGAAUUUUUUCACAGCCACCUUGUAAAAGGAAACCUUGGACUCGGAUUUGUUUACUCAACAGGACAAUCCUCCUCUCCCGAUGAUUUCUUGUCUCUAUUUCUGAGAAUAAUUGCAUGGUGAAGGUUUGGAAUCGGUGAUUAGCUUUGCUUACUUUUGAAAAUAUUAGCUGUGUGUAUGUGUACCAAGUGAUGAAGGGAAUGGGAAGGAAUCCAGAAUUCAGUGUGUCUUGUCACACUUUAAGUGACCUUUCUUUUGUUGUCCAAAGGGCCUGUUUAUUUGAGGAGUCAAAAGAAAAAUUUAAAAGGUUUGAUUUUAACUCCUGUGCGAAUGAUGUUUGUGUGUGUGUAUGAAGUGAAUGGUUAACCACCCACAUCUUCACAGCUGGAGUUCCAGGAGAUUUGAAUUCUUGGGACUCAGCUGCACAGUCCUCAACAUUCUCAUGCCUGAACCAGGCAGGACCAUGAACUGGUUGGCUGUUAGGAGGCUUCCUUGGUUUUCUUGUGGGACCCAGAGGAACACCUCAUUUUUUUUCCUGUCCCAAGGACCUUUCUGGGCCUCUUCUGGCCAUCACUUCUCUUCUCACUUUACCUUGCCACGGCUUCCUUCAUCCAGACUUUGGGUUAAAAUAGCAAUCAGGCCCCAUUAUAUCAGUGAUAUGUCCAUUUAAAGAAGGUGGUUCCAUGGUUUUCUGGUGAGUGUUCAAACCAUGGGAUAGGCCGUGGGAUCAGUGCACGUCAGUUGCAGUGGCCAAUUUUCCUGCUCAAUUUCCAUCAGGCAAGCAGGAUUUAAAAUUAUCUCUUGGCCUUCAUCAUAUUGUCUUCUAUCAUAUUAAAUAAGUUAUACCCUGUGAAUAGCAUAGAUCAGCUAUUUCUGUGAAUACUGCGGUUUGCUAACAGCUCCUUUCCAACACUCGCUCUGUGCCGUCACCGGUCUUGUUGCAGAUUGUGUUAUAUGGAGCUCUGAUUUUGCUGUUCUGUGAUGCACUGUGUUAAGAACCUGUGGUGUUAGAUGCAAUGGUUCAUGCAUGGACAAAGGAAGGUGCUACACUGGAAAUGUAUUCAGGUGUCUUGUAUCCUGAGAACUUGUUGCUGCUUUUAGUUAGCCCUGGUUUGUCCCAUCCCUGCUGUUCCUCACACUAUGGCCCUUUUGGCACAACUUAUUACAUCAUUGGACGAGGGAAAGAUAUCCAAAUUUGAAAUAAAUUUCUUAAACAAUAUUGUUUUAAAACAUA